UGAAAUCACGCGAGACUUCCCACCUCUCGCCGAUCCAACAUGGCGCAGUAGGAACGUUGUUAUUGUUCCAUAGCUGAUACAAGCUCUCGCUCCACGGCGGAAACUGCGCACAGGGACCCCGGAGCUUCUCCCCGCGGGCAUGAGAGGAACCUCCGAGGAUCAUGUUGAGAUCCACGGGCUUCUUCCGAGGCCUUGACUGCCCCUUUUACACGGAGCUCCACGAAGGCAAAGGGAGCAAACAUGGAUGCAACAGACCGUACUGUCACUUCAGGCACAGCCAGCAGAGACGGGCUUCAUACGGAGGUCCGACUGAUGUGAAGAAGCAGAGAGAUGUCCACUCCUCACAGAAAGACCAAGGCUACGAUCCCUUCAACCCCGAACUUGUGAAGCCCCAGGAUCAGCAGAAUGGAGACUUCAGCGGUGCUCUGGAGAUGGUCAACAAGGCCAUCGAGGAGGUCCGCAGCGAGGUGGAGAGGGAGAAGAGGAAGCUCUCUCGGAUCGGGGAUGAACCCUACGACCCCGGCGCAAGCAAAGGCGUGUCUUCAUCUGAUGCCGUUAAAAGUAAAGCACCGCCAUCACAUAUGGCCUACGACCCUGGGAGUUAUCAGAUGACAGCAGCGGAUUAUAAUCCCAGCCCGAGCUGCAGCAAGUAUACCUUGGAUUCAGACAAGCAGGGGGGCGCUGUGAACUCCAUGGAAUAUGUUCCUACUUCAGUGAAAAAGGCUCCAUCUCGAACGCACACACACCAACUCCCCUCUCCUCCACCCAGCCCAAAGUACUCCAGCAGCACGCCCUCCUCUAAGUGUAAAUACACGUUGGACAAUACGAGACCGUCUACAGAUAUGGAAUACGACCCGCUGUCCAACUACACGGCUGGAAUUGCAGUGAAAAGUAAGAGAGAGGAGGGCGCAAAAGCUGGGAAAACUCACAGUCUAAAAGCAUCGAACAAUGAGGAGUAUGUAGUGUCUGUGAAAAAACCACGGCAGGAAGGUGUGGACUCUAAAAAGUACACUUUCUCAGACUCUGAGGAGGAGAGCUCUGGAACAGAGUAUCGACCCACCUCGCUUAGUAAUGUCCAACAGAGGAAGGGCAACGCUGGGUCGCUUUGGGGGGCCGCUGGGAAGGAGAGGAAAGAGAGGACUGGAAGUACGCUGAAUGCACUGACACAGAGGAAUAAAGAGGACUCGGCAGGGGACUCGGACGUCCAGGAGUGUGUGAAGAGAAAGGACAGCACGGAGAAAAAGAAGGCAGCGAGUCAAACGGCUCAUGAGAAAAGUGGCAAAUCAGAGAAAGUACACAAAGCUGCGAAGGAUGUAAACAAAACAAGCAGUAGUAAGAGUGUAAACAGCAGUAGUAAAGACAAAGAGUCAAUAAAGAACUCGAAUCAGGACUCUGCAAAGAAGGAGAACAAGAGUCAUGGAAAAAGAGACGAUAGGAAAAACACAGUUCAGACUAAACCCUCUGAUAAAGCUCAGAGAGAAGGGCGAGAGGAGAAGAGAAGUGAGGGUAAGAUCAAAGCUGUGGAAAAAGUAAAAACAGACUCAAACAAACGAGAGAGAGAGGAAAGUGGAGCGAGGGAAAGCAAAAAACACAAGCUGUCAGACAAGGAGAAGGAGCACAGGAAGUUUAAGGACCACCAACACAAAAAUGGUAAACUUGAGAGCAGUAGACGAGAAAAAGACGGGAAGAAAGUAAGUAAAAGUAGUUCUGGCAGCAGCAGCUUCAGUAAAGGAAGCUCUGCGAACAGCAAAGAGAAGGUCAAACAAAACAACAGCUCCUCAAACGGGAAGAGUAAAGAGGGCAAACAUCGGAGUCUCAGCUUCAGCCACGCCGAUCUGUUCGGAGACGAGAGUCCGGAGGAGGCGGAGCCGAUCCUGAUGGAUGAUUCUGAUGAUGACGAGGAAGAGGAGGUGCUGGUUAGAAAGUCUGCUGAUGCUUUAAAGAGGGGUCGUCUCGCCAAGAGGAAGGCGUCGGAGAUGACCCCGUCUUCCUCAGAUGGAGAGGGGGACGGUGGUGUCGAGGACGGCGGGGCAGGUAAGGACAAACUGGACAGUGUUGAAAUUGACUACUCCAGUUUCCAGGACGAGCUGGACUUUGAGUCAGACCCCAUGGAGGAGUGUUUGAGGAUCUUUAACGAGUCCAAGGAUGUGAAGAGGGAAGACAAGGGGAGGCAAGCCAAACAGCCUUCCAUGGACUCAGAGGAAGAGAGAAACCCAGACGACACUUUAACCACUCUCUUUCCUGGUCAGAAGAAGAGAGUCUCACAUUUUGCCAAAGGAAACACCGAUGCACCUUCAAAGCCUGCAGUGCAGCCGUACAGAAGACUCACGGCUCAGGAGGUCUGUUACCGCCGCAUGCAGAUGUCUCAGCAACAAGCUGCUCAGAUCUCUGCGACAGUCAAAGCUUCCUCACAGAGCUCCAGCCCCGGCAUCUCUGGAGAGAAGAAGAGGAUCGCACACCGUCCACAGCCACAGAUAACAUCUCCCAAAACAAGUCUCAAACCAGCCGCCAGCCGAAAGCUGUCCCCCAGCCAGUCCCAGUCCCAUCAGAGCAUCAAGACACAAACCACCGCCGGUAUCUUAUCCAAGACCUCGUCCACUGUCUCACAGAAGAGGAUGGCACACACACCCACCAUGAAGAGCAGUACGUUGAAGCGACCGAUCAUCCCCACGGAGUUCGGAGCCAAAGUCCCAACCAACGUCCGCCAGCGCUACCUCAACACUUUCAUAGAUGAGUGUGUGAAGUUUUGCUCAUCAGAGGAAAUGGCCUUCCAGACGGCGCUGGACGAGGAGAGGCUGGUGUACGAGCGAAGCAACAGCAAGAACAUCUACCUCAACGUAGCUGUCAACACCCUGAAGAAGCUCCGCGGCAAGAGCAGCUCCCGUCCAUCUCCUGUCCCCAAGUAUUGUGGAUCAACAACCAACAAAAAGGCUCAAUCCCAUGAAGAGGUCCUGGGAGGUCGUCUCGCUGCUAAAACCAGCUUUACUAUUAACAGGACGGGCAAACAGCAGGAAGAGAAACUGGCAGGAGCUACACUGUACAGGAAGCUGAAUGCGUACCUGAUGACGGAGGAGCAGCUCCAGGAGCACGGGUACCCGAGGACAAACCCCGAAGCUCCGGGCCGAGCUGUUAUUCACAACGUGCCCGAGAAGAAACCGACCACAGACCCUUUCUCAAAGAUUUGCUGUCGAUGUGGAGCGGAGUACAAAGUCAACGUGAACGGCAGCUGUGUCCGUAAAGAAGAAUGUGUUUUUCACUGGGGACGACUGCGCAGACAUAAAGUGGCUGGAGGAUGGGAGACAAACUACAACUGCUGUUCUGCAACUGUGGGAACUCUGGGCUGUCAAGCUUCAAAGCAACACGUUCAGGACGGUCGUAAAGAGUCACUGGACGGCUACGUCACGACGUUCAGUAAAUCUCUCCCUCCGGAUGGAAACGGAGGAGUGUUCGCUUUGGACUGUGAGAUGUGUUACACCAAACAGGGUCUGGAUCUGACGAGGGUGACCGUCAUCGACUCAGAGCUGAAUGUAAUCUACGACACGUUCGUCAAACCUGAGAGCAAAGUGGUCGAUUACAACACACGGUUUUCGGGUGUAACAGAGGAGGACUUGGAGAACACCACCAUCAGUCUGAGAGACGUUCAGGCCGUGCUGCUCAGUAUGUUCAGUGCUGAAUCCAUCCUGUUGGGACACAGUCUGGAGAGCGACCUUACUGCUCUGAAGCUGAUCCACAGUACAGUCGUAGACACGGCCAUCGUGUUCCCUCACCGCCUCGGCCUGCCCUACAAACGGGCCUUGAGGAACCUAAUGGCCGAUCACCUCAAACGCAUCAUUCAAGACAACGUGGAGGGCCACGACUCCAGCGAGGAUGCGUCCGCCUGCAUGGAGCUGAUGAUGUGGAAGAUUAAGGAGGAUGCAAAGGUCAAAAGAUGACCUCUGACCCCUCCAGCCUACUUUCCUAUCAUUCAACUUCCUGCCUUCGUGUUACAAUACAAGAAGAAGAGUUGGGGAGGCCUGUGCCUGCUCUCCGAGGUCAGAGUGUCGAUGUUUCUGCCUAACCAAUAGAAAACUGUCAGUCAAAGCAAUAGGAGCCCAAACAAACAGUGUUUUCAUUUGCUUCAAGGUCUCUUUGUUCUAAAUAAUGUCACUUUAUAUGUAUUUCUGUUUAUCUGAGAAGUGUCUUUUAAGGCCUCAAACAUUUUAUGGAUUACACCUUUCUAUAGACUAAAAAUGUCAGGGCAUUGUCCACUUAACCAUGAUGAUGAUGAUGAUGAUGAUGAUUAAUAUUAUGUUCAUGCCAGGCUGGAUCUUCAGCCUUAAUUGCACUAAAGAAAACGCUCUUAUUUUAUAGGGCCUGAGUCUGAGUACCUCAUCUGUGUUGUAGAGCAUUGACUUCUAAUGAAUGACACACACUUUGUUCUUAGGUACACUAAAGUACACCCAUGUCCGAGUGUGUCUGUAAAUGCACUUGUGUUUUCCACAUAGCAUAGCGCCUGGUUUCCCCGUCACUGAUGCUCUGUUCACGGUGCAUUUCUUAUGGAGUUUGUUGGUCGGCCUGAACCUGACUAAUCCUAUAAUACUUGAUCAUACAGAGAGGCUCUGCUACUACCUAUUUACUUGAUGGAAUAUAUCACUGUACACUCGUAGUUCAGAUCAAACACUGACCACCUGCAUGAAAUAGAUCAAUAGGAAUCAUUGUGACAGCAGGUGUGACAUGUUGUUCCUCCAUUAUGACACAAAGCUAGGUUCAGUGUUGUGGAAUUAGGACUGGGUUGUUGAAUACACACAAUUAUCCUUUAGUCAGUACCAGCUAACUUGUGCAGUUUUAUGUUAAAAUUGACUGAAAAAAGUCUUUGAGUGCUGUAAAUACGCUGUAAGCAGUUUCCUUUUUGUAAUUGUUCUUUUUUUUUUGUUUAUCUUUUCUAUUAAAAACUAUUAGUUAAGAAAAA